AUGAAUUCAUCAGCACAAAAAAGAUUAAUGAAAGAUUUAUCAUCUGUUAAAAAUAAUUCUGACAAGUCAAUCUUUGCAUGUCCUCUUGAUGAUAAUAUAUUUUUAUGGGUUGCAAUUAUCUUGGGUCCAGAAAAUACUCCUUUUGAAGAUGGCACUUUUAGUCUUAUUCUUAUGUUUGACAAUACUUAUCCACAAAAUCCACCUAAAAUCAAAUUUUUAUCAGAAAUGUUUCAUCCUAAUAUUUAUCAGAGUGGUGAAUUAUGUUUAGAUAUGUUGAAAAAUAGAUGGUCACCAAGUUAUGAUGUAUUAGGAAUCUUGGUUUCUGUACAAUCACUACUUAAUGACCCAAACAUUAAAUCGCCGGCUAAUGUUGAAGCAGCAGAAUUGUACGAAAGUAAUAGAACGGAGUACAUAAAAAAAAUCAAAGACACAGUUAUUAAAAGUUGGAUGGAUGUUGAAAAAAAAUAA